AUGCUUGAGACGUCGCCAGCCCUGUCUGCUACUCCGGUUAUGGCCCUCGCAAAGACGGCUAAACAACAAAAGCGUGAUGCAGCCGACCGGGAGACCAGAGAGGAGGAGGAUUUCUUUGUCCCUUCUAUCAGUGAAAAGGCUUCAGCCAGUUCCCAUUCUUCUUCUAGCGACCGAGCAUCGCUUAGUGAUGAAGAGCGUUACCACCACCGACCAUCGCGACGGCGAAAGCAGGCGAGACCGAGACCGACAACAGAAUCAAAAUCGUCUCGGUUCAAGACGCCUGUGUCUGCUGCUUCGGCCACGGCCCUCCCGAAAACUGCUACUCGACAACAGCCUUCCUUAGCAGGGGAGAACAGAGGGAGGAAUGUACCUGUCAAUGCUCUCAGUGACAUUGCUUCAGUCAGUCCUAGCUCUGCUAGCGACAGGGCAUCGGAUAGUGAUGAACGACGACGAAAGCGGGCGAGACCGAGGCCGACAACAGAAUCAAAAUCGUCUCGAUUCCAGACGCCUGUUUCUGCUGCUUCGGUCACGGCCCUCCCGAAGACUGCUACUCGACAACAGCCUUCCUCAGCAGGGGAGACCAGAGGAAGGAAUGUACCUGUCAAUGCCGUCAGUGACAUUGCCUCAAGAGCAAAGACGCGUACCAUUGCCAAAACCUCCUCGGCCUCGACAGCACAUGGUCAGCGCAAACCAACGCGGCGAGUAGGCACGUUCUCAGCCCAUUCGGAGGGCAGCGCCAACCAGGACCCCAAGUUCCUCCUUUUUAAGGGAAAUGGUAGGCAAUGUUUUGCGCUUCAUACCAACCUUUGCCGCCAUUCUCGGCGCCUGUAUACAGUACGGCCCAGAAUUCGUGUAGCAUGUCCACAUAUGCGAAAGGUUGAUGCUCUUUCGCAAAUCGACAUUAAGAAAGGUUGUAAUACUAAUUAUCAUGUAGCCUAUUCUGAAGCCAUUUCAGUCACGAUAGCAUGCCGGCUUUUUAGCGAGCUUCAUUUUGACCGUUAA